AUGGCCGACUCGAGCCUCCCGCAGUUGCUGGCGUCCGCCGCGUCGUCGUCGUCCACCUUCGACGCCUUCGCGUGGCUCGAAGCGGCGCUCGCCCCGCCGUCGUCCACCAGUCUGUCUCGCUCCCUCGCGCCGCAACUCGCGCUCCGCUCGCAGGCGCUGGCGCACACGCUGCAGACGGCGCUGCAGCACGUGACGCACUCGGUCCCGGCCCUGCAGACGCGUCUCGAGGCGCUCGAAACGACCGCUGCGCCGCUCGCCGCGCGUCUCACUGCCGCGCAACACGUCUGCGACACGUCGCUGUCGUCCACUCGACACUCUGACGCGCGCCGUCUGCUCGUGACGCUACACGAGACAAAGCGGCGACUCGAGAGCUGUUCGCGCGCGCUCGUGGAGGCGGCGCAAUGGACGCGCUCUGUCCGCGACUGCUUUGCGGUGCUGGAGGACCCGACGCUGUUGUCGCUUGAGGGCGAUGGCGAGUCAACGGCCGACGCAGAGACGUUGGGCGAUCGCGUGCGGCAGCUGCGCGCGAGUCUGGACGUGCUCCAGGACCUGCCCGGCGUGCGAGAGCGGCAGAAGACAAUGGAGCGGCUAGCGGCGCAGAUUGAGGCGGCAGUGCUGCCGAGAGUGGCCUCGAAGCUUCGACAGGACGAGGCGGGCGACGUCACGCGUCUCCGCUGGUGCCUCGAGGCGCUCGGCAGUAUCGAUCGAGCGCAUGUGAUGAAAGAGGAGUUCUGUCUCGCGCGGCCGGCGCGUGUGCACCGUACGUGGUACCAGUACGAGGAGCAGGCGAAGCAGAUUGCGGGGCUGGACGUGGCAGACGACGGCAACAACAACCGACACGUCGACUUUGCCCGUUGGCUCGACGGUUUUUAUGAACACGUGCUGCAGAUGCUGCAACGGGAGAGUCGCAACGCUCGCGACCUUUUCGGUGGUGACGAGCUGGUGAUCCGUGUGCUGCUCACGCUGCUUCGCAACACUUUGGAGCCGCUCACUGCAUCGUUUCGAGAUCGUCUGGGGCAGACUGAACCGGCAAGCUCCGAGUCGUUUUGUCUCGACCGACUCGUGCGCUGCUUCCAUACGACGCGACGAUUUGCUGGUCAAUUCGUGCAACUCGUGCGGUCUUUGGAAAACGAACUUGGCGUGAAGUUGACGGACGGCGACAGCACAGCUGUAGAUGCAGAAGGUGGUAUCCUGCGCGUCGUUUUCGAGCCGUAUCAACUGUAUUUUACGGAAUACACGCGCUUCUCGAGCGACUUUCUUACCGACGCGCUGAUGCGUCUUGUGCCUCCGUUCAACACGACAAGCAAUGAAGUGCUGGGUAGCGACGAAGAUCGAGACGCCACUGCUGCUACGUCAUUCGAAGACUUUUCGCAACGCCUUGAGGAAGCAUCUGAAGCAGUUUGGACGAUUGUGGAUCGCAGUGUUCAGCAAUGCUACGAGUUUACGGGUGGCGUGGCGUUCCCGGAAGCUGUGGAAGCCAUAGGUACGGCAGUGCAGCAGUUUACAUUGGCCCUGGGCGCGAAAAUGCCGGCGAUCCGCAAUUACUACAAGGUUGAACCUGUUUUUCAGGUAGAUGAGAGCAAAGAGCGACUGGCUGCUUCACCCGAUUGGAGUCAGUUUCACGCAUCGUUGGCCCUUCUGAAGGCCUGUGGCACCCUAGAAACCCAACUGUGUGCGAUGGACGGUCGGCUACGCGUUCGCAUGCGCGAGCAACUUGCCCAACUUUCUAGCGAGCAUGUAGAUGCUUUGUCGCCGCGUAGCACUUGCGGCAAUGUUUGCAAUGCUUCAAGUAUCGCGCUAGCGGAGCUCUUGUACCCGACAAAGCUUGUACUCGCAGUGUCCACGAUGUGGCUUCGUGACGAAGACCCGACGCGACAAUCUCAAUUUCAUCAGUUCGUUGCCGAUAUGGUGAGCCAUCCAACAUGGUCUGGUUCUACUGCCGCUUGCUAUCCGACUGCAACGGUACUCGAUGAAGCCCAGCGUGCCAUGCGUUCAUGGACGAAGGAGGCGCAGCUUCUCACGUACGACACUAUAUUCCUGCCCAUCGCGCGUGUACUGGACACGAUCCCUACGAACGAGAGUUGGAACAAGGCACCGAACUCGGCUCAGGAUGAGCUAGAAUUCCCGACCUUUAGCAUGCUCCCGCAAGACUAUAUCACGACCGUCGCGGACCUCUUGCUGUCACUCCUUCCGCAAUUGGAGCCGUUUGCUGGCAGCAACAGUCUCGAGAACGCGUUUGUAGCCUCACGUGGCGCACAAGAGGUGUGCGUUCAGGGCGAGUGGGAUCGCCUGGGUCAAGUUUUGCACCUAGCUCCCCCUGAACUGUUGAAUUGCCAGCAAAUCUUUGGCUCGGGGGGCACGACCGCUGCUUCCGACCCCGUGCCAACGGCGGCAAAGUUUGUGGAUUUGUGGUCGGCAACAGUGGCCAGCAGCACACUAGCAGCAUUGCUGCGUACGGUGUGCUCCAUCCCAUGUUUGUCGGAGAUAGGUGCGAAGCAAUUGGCUGCCGAUUUGGGCUACUUCUACAACGUGUUGAGCGCCGUGGGUGGGGAGGACAACUUCAUUGUUGACGACCUUCGUCGUGCACUCGAGAUGGAUCUACAGACCCACAUCCAUCACGUCACAGAGCUACGAGCUGAUCAUGACGGUCUCGAGAAACGGGCUCUGGUCAAGCUGAACGACUGCAUAAUCGCCAUGCGCCAGCGUGCGCUAGCACCGCCUCGCGGGCCGUCCGCUGGCUCGACAUCGACACCUUCUCGAGUUUACUAG